CGGUUGUCAAUAGUUUUCGCAAGAUGUCGUCUAGUCGAGUAGUUACGAACAUAUUUCCAAUUUAGUUUUAAUUUAUUUUCAUAUUUCAUUUAAACUAUUUUCAACGAAAAAUAUUGAAAAACAUAGUUAUAAACGUGAACGACGGUUUUGUGAUGAACGAGAAAGUGUGCAAGUAUAAUUCAAUUAUUUAUCAGCCUUGAAAGUUAGCAGUUGAAAAGUGACAAAGGCAAUAGGGCGCAGCCCCAAUGCCAAAAGUGGGAAAAAUCGAAGUCCACAGAUCAUUAAAAAAAAGAGCAGUAGCAAAUAAGGGCGUAUACAUUUGCAUCGCAGAAAUUUCGUUUCAUCAAUUAAUAAUGUUAAGUGGAAAAUGAUGUUAGAAUGUGUAAAAAUGUAUACGAAAUGUUAGAAUAUAAUGAGAAGUGCCCGUACAGUGUAUUAUAAGCGGAUGAGAUGUGAUAUUUCUUAUCAAUAUAUAUAUAUAUGUUUUUUUCUUUAUGUAAAAUAAAUUGCGACUGAUUAAUACGGUAGUUUUAAGAAAUUAAAAUAAUAAUAAGGCAAUUUCAAGAUGGAUAUGGUUUCUGAAGAGACUGAUAAUAAUUUCGGGUUCCCCGAAGCGGGUACCUGGAACAAUACCAGCCACAUACCGUUGGAAAACAUGAAAAUCGAUGCGCCAAUGAUAUGGCUAUUAUGCUCUCUACUGACAUCUAUAACAUGGGUUACCUAUAUAACAUUUUACAAUUCCCGCCUGGUUGGUGUUUUCAUAACAAAAAUUGUAAAUCGUUGGUUCAUAAAAGGCGCAUACUUUAAGAUUGGCUCAGUAGCAUUGAAUCCAUUGGCGGGGAAAAUCAUGUUUCGUGAUUUCGUCUAUAUAACAUUCGACUACUCAGUGCGCGUACAAGAUGGAUAUUUUAUAUUCCGUUGGUGGCGAUCUUAUGUGCCCAAAGAUGUUUCCGAAGAUCUUUCACAUUCGGACACACGUCUCUCCGUGCAAUUAAAUGGUUUUGAGCUCCACAUAUAUAAUCGCUCUGACCUGUAUGAUCAGCUGGAGAAAACGUUUGGACUUAAGCCAUCACUGCUAAUACCGACGGAUAAUUUAUCUUCCGAAGAGCGCUCCAAACUUAAAGAGCACACCAUGAACAUGGAAAUAGCGCGCCAAAGUAAGCGCGAGAGUGUUAAAAAUUCCGAGGCCAUGAAAGCCACGACUUGGCGCGAUUUAAUACCGGUGAUAAAGAUGGACAUUUGUUCAGGCCGUUUUGUAUUCGGUAAUCGUUUGACACCAACAACUUUAUCAAUUUCGGUGGAAGAGGCGCACUGCACGUACAGCACCAAACCCGCGGUGUGUCGUCUCGAUCAUUUCAUGCAUUUUGUGAAGGCAAAUGUGGAGAAUGCCAAGGUUAUGUUUGCACCCAGUCCAAAGUAUACCGGUUUGGUGGAUGAACCACCGCGUUAUAUGGGCGAAGGUUUUGUCGUUAUGAUGUGCAACCAAAUGGAAUUGUAUUUUUAUAUGGACGAGCCGGGUUUGGUGCCAGAAGAACCAGUCACUAUUAUACUUGCCAAUGGAGAUGUUGUUGAACCCUCGCCACCGGUGUGGGGUAUUAAUAUAAAAUGUUUGAAAGGUACUGAUUUUAGCUAUGGCCCCUGGGCGGAUCGUCAACGUGAUCAUCUCUUCAAGUUUUUCUAUCCACCCGAUUGGCAAGAGAUGGUAGUUACACCGACGCCCAAACCGGGCGAGUUGCGCAGCUACCAAUCAUUCGAUGUCACGCUCUGUGUGCUGAGUGAGGCCACAAUCGAUAUACUCUUCUCCAAAGAUAAAGAAACCAAUGCCAUGCAUAUUACGGUGGGACCAGCCUCCUAUGUGGAAUUGACCAUACCGUGGGUAACACAUGCUGAUGGCUAUACAUCCAAAAUUCAAGGCCAGCUAUUUCAUGUCGAAGCAACCACUUCGCUGCAGUACCGCAGCUUAGCCGAGCUGGAGUCACUCGAGUAUAAAGUGCGUAUACAUUACCCAACGCUUUGGAACGCACCACAAGAUUGGAGCAUCGCUUUAACUGGCUGCAAAGCAACUGCUUUCAUAGUUUACAAACACAAAUGCUUCUUUCAGGAUCUCAUCGAAGAUUGGGCUAGCAAAGCACGACCCGAUAUUUUAGCCUUUGUACCAUACACAUGCAAAUUCAAUAUACUCUUGAAUGAGUUUGAGAUUUUAAUGCUCUGCAAUGAGUACAAUUGGAUCGACUGUUCGAGCGCAAAUCAGGAAAAUAAUCAUUUGGCAUUCUGUGGUGACGUUUUCGAUAUGAGCUUCGCGCUGCCUUUCGACGAUUUUCUGCCCAAAACAGUAACACUGAAAUUUUGGAUACAUGGCGAAGGAUUAGACUUGAGUUUGUAUGUGCCAGAGGUGUCCUCGGUGCGCCCCAUUGUCUUGGCGAUCGAUGAAAAUGCGCGACUUUUGACACGCGGUGGUCGAGUUAAAACCAGACCGGAAUUGUAUACGAAAAAGUGGCGAAAAAUAUGCCAGCGCAGCGCCGGUUGGAUAGACUGUUGGACUGUGCCCAUAGUGGCAUUAUCAAUACAGUAUGUGUACCAUCCAGUGCCACCGUUGGGUCCCGAUCCACAAGCUGAUAUCACUACACCUGAAAAAGAGGAAAUUCUACUGAGCCCCAUGCGCAUACCCAAAAUACGCAAGUCGCCCGUCUCCUCUUGGCAAAAACCCGAGCAACACAAAUUCGAUCCAGCCACCUUAGCUGCCGACCAAGUAACCGUUGAACUGGAGAUCGGUUCUUCGGUGCUCAUGUGUUAUGGCAAUGUGUUGCGUAAUUUCAUAAAUUUGAAGGAGAACAUAUUUGGCGAAGAUCAAAAUUUCACCGACAUGGAGCAGUCAAAUGUUAAUUUGAAGGAGAGCACCUCAACCAGCACAACAGCGAAUCCUAAAGAUCAGCUGCUGUCAAAAGAGAAAGACAUAGCAACGAAGUCUAUUUCGGAGGUGACUGUGCCAGAGGAGAAGCAAAAGCCUUUCGAUCCACGUCUGUAUCGUCCAUUGGAAGUAAUCGUUUCACUAAUCAUACACGACAUACAAGCGCAUGUGAUGAAGAAUUGCAACGAGAACGAUCCGCCGUGUCCAGUUGUUCUGAUUGAACGCUUUGGUUUCGAGAUGAAUAAGCGUUUUCACGAGACAACGCUGCAAGUUUUAGUUAGUCCCGCAUAUUUGAUCACUUCAGAUCUGGUAGUGCGUCCCAAUCGAGAUAAGCACAUAAAUCAGGGCCACUUACUACUCUCCGCAGUGCAGGUACGCGGUCAUGCGAUGUUCAGUAACGAAGGCUGCGCGCUAGACGAAGACACCUUGGAGUAUUCUUGGUUAGUUGAAGUGCAACUGGGAAAAUUAUCGGGAAAACUCACAUUACCACAGCUUUGCAAUAUAGUGGUCGGCUUGGAGACCUUAGUGCUGCUGGCAGUUGAUCCGGAGAAUUGCUUAAAAUCACCCAAAACCGUGCGCAAUUGUCAUCAUGGCGUACCGAGUAACCAGUGUCCACACACUAAGGAGGAGAAUAAAUACAAAUGUCCUUCAGCUGAGGACAUUAAGUACAAAAUGACGCGUGUAUCCAUAGAUGCAGUAGAUGUGUAUUUAAUUGAGAGUGGCACAGCGUUGCAUGCGUGGGUAUCUCCCAUACGCUUGGCCAACUGCAACUUGCAUGGGCAACGUGUUAAGUCUGGCAUCUCCGGUUUACUACCAUCCAUACUCUUACGUCUCUUCAUGCAUAAUGGCAGUUCUUAUUCAAAUCUUACCAACUCCUACAACACCAACACCACGGGCAGCAAUCGUUCGGGCAAAAUGCGUCGUUCCGAACAGGAUUCCAUAAAGUCGGAGUCACAAGCUCAACAACAACAACAUAUUGGCAAGCCGAAACGCAGCUCGAAUUCGUUUUCGCAACGACGCGAUUCGCGCGAAGAAAAUAACAGGAAAUUGCGCGACAGUUUCUCGGAGACUAAACGUGCAUAUGAGACGGAGUUUUUCGAGAAUUGGGUCGAGGUUGGCUGCACUUCAUUGGGACCGAUACUGCUAGAGGGUGCGUCUGCGUUGCCCAUCCCCGAUCACAAGCUACAUAUCGUGCAGCAUAACUUUUUGCGCGAGCAUGAUGCUAAGUACAAGCGGUUAUGGUUUUUGUGGUCUACAAACAAUAGUAAUACUGCGCCUGCGCCACCACCUUCAACAGGCACGGAGAUCUCACGCUGCGGCUGCAUAGGCGGUUGCGCAUUCUUCGGCAGCAAUCGUAAUGGCUUGAAAUUUUUCAAACCCUCCGCACAGGAUAUACAGGACAACUACAACAUAGCACGUUAUUACAUAAUCAACAACAACAAGGAUUAUGGCUUUGGUGAGAGUAUACUACAUCAAGGUCAACUGGUGUUCCAUACGCCACCGUACAGCUUGCAUUCAGUUUCACUGCAUGACAGCAACGACUUCAAUGGCAAAGGUAAACAUUACCGGCCCAGCGUGGAACUGCGUAACGGCAGUCUUAAAAAAUCGGAGUUGAGCAGCAAGGAAGUGGGUGGCAAGCUGAAGAUAGGCAAUGCCAUUGAAAUAUCAGACAUUAGUGGGCGCAAAUCUCGCGAGAGCAUUGGUUCGCCAAAUACGCUGGAGCGUCGCAAUAAGCGUUACUCGUACACCACAAAUAGCAGACAAACUUCUGUCGAGGUGCCAUAUGCGCGUCUUUUGGAUAGUCCGUCGAAGAAAGUGCUGCGUCAGGACUCGAAUGAAUCACAGCUGCAGGUGGCAUACCGACGUGGCUCAGACACAGCGAAAUCGCAAUCGCAGAACAACACAUUACGAGUUUCACCACCGAAAACUAGCAUAUCCGAUUCGCGUCUAACCGGCGAAGCAGAUGUGGAGGAUGAGUUGGAGAUACCCGAUGAAAUGUCACACUCAGCACCACAUUCGCAUCCGCUUGAGUAUGAAAUCGCCGAUUUGCCAAUGCAGUCACAGCAGUACAGCGAAACACCGCACGCCAACGGCGCUGAUCAUUUGACGCGCGAAGUGCAGCGCACGAUAUCGCUGACCUCGGAGAAUCCCUCCGAGAUGUUCUUCUCCGCUGAGGAGGAUAUAUCGAAUAUGAUGUCGCAAGGUGGUUCCAUCAAAAAUCGCAAUGGUUCGAUAGUUUUCUCUGGCAAGAAACGCUUUUCAUCCGAUCUGAGCAUUGGUGCGCAAAAUGAAAAUGCCGGCCUCACGCUCUCCACUUACCGCAGCGAUUUGGAAAUACACGCGCCGGAAUGCAAAACACUGCCGAAGCGUCCACAAAGCACCACAGAAUUGAACGAAGACGUGAGACGUAUUCAUGGUCUUGCCACACCAAUCAGAAAACUAUCAAAUAUUUCAUCAAGACCUGAGUAUCGACAUUUUAUUCAUGAUGUGGACUCUCGUGGCUCUUCUUCCGGCACACCAUCACUGUCAUCUAACUCUUUCAUCUCGGCCAUGUCCUCGCAGGAGGAUGUCGCGCUCGUCAACUUACACCAACAAGUGAAUCGUCCCAUCAUCGACUCACCAUUACUGAUGGCGAGCUAUUUGAAUCAUUUGUCGCAAGUGAAGUGUUUCAACUGGACUGCGUGCUCAUUUCCAUCCGGUCCGGACGUAUUUUCGACGCCCAUGUUUCACGAAAACGAAGAUGGCGGUCUAACCUAUAUUGGCAGUAAAAUGUUGCCACACUUCGAUUUGUAUGCUUGCUGGCGUGAGAUCAAAGUGGUGCCACGCUAUGAGAAUGCCACCGGCAGCAAUAGUUCGGCCACAUUUAUGGGCGGUCCAAAGUCGCAUCCGUGGGAUCCCAGUGUGCUGUUGAAGGAGGAGGAGAGUGAGAAGACGACAAAUGGUUUCGACGAUGGUGAAUUUAUGAGCCUACAAGCGGAGGGUGCAGCCUGCACUUCGGUGGUGGCACGUCUCAAAGGACAGGUUAAUGUCUUUCUAACGCCCCUCAUGCUUGAGGGCUUGCAGCGCAUGGUGGAAGCCAGCAUACCUACCAUCUCUUCACUGCAUUUGCUCUCGGUCGUCAAUCACAUACAUGCCUCGUGUAUUGCAAAGGUGCAGAAUGACAAUAUACUCAAGCGGGAUCAAAGUUUGAGUUACUGGUCACAGGUGCAUUCGAAUUCCAAGCGUUCAACAACGGAACGUAAUCUACAGGGUCCGGGUGACUCAUUUCUCAGUGAUGUCUACGAAGAGAGCAUAUCGACAAAGACGCAGGGGCUAAUUGUAUUACCCAAGGUCAGUAUCACUAUGCUGCAAUCUUCCAUAAUUGAAGAGGUAAUCUCGGUCGCAGCCUUGGAUAAUGUACAGGAUCUCAGUUGCGUCUCAUUGCUCACAUUCUACAUUGAAGGCGUGUCGACGAAAUUCCACUUGGGCAAAACGACACGCGCCUCCAUGCAUAACGUUUACAUACAACAAACCGUGCAAUCGGGCAAUAGUCAGAAGAAGGGUGGCAUUAUGAAGGGCACACGCGCACUCUUGGCGCAUUUGUCCUCACAAACACGUCCCGACAACAUACAGGGUGAGCCAAUACUUAUUGAAACGUCCGAAAAACAGCUGGAGGAAUUGGUAAUAACACUCGAUGUGGGUCGUGCGCAUGUACAAUUGCGUCGACUCAAAACCGAAUCGAGUUGUGGUCAAGAGUCGCCAAUAAUUGUGACUGCCAUACCGGAACACAAGAGUAAAGUGUUAUUUGAGCUGCUUAAGAUGCCCGAAAGUACGGGCGGCAUUGAAGGUAUUGGUUACAUAAUGUUUGAAUGCGGUCUAGAGGGUGUCGGCGUGAAGAUUGUGAAGCGUUCACAUUUCGAAAAGUCCGAGAACACUAAAGAAGAUCUCGCCGAGAUUGCGGAGAGCGCCACCGAGGCGGCUGGCAUUGCGCGUGGCGUAAAUAUAAGUGAUUUUGUGGGCAGUGCGAAUGCCGAUGUCGGUGCGACAUCGAAAGCCGAGGCAGCUUGGCGCUUGAUCACUAAAAAACCACCAACACCGAAAACGCCAAAGGAGAAAUUCCAAACAGCUUUGGAAAAUAUAAUUGUGCAUGAGCGUACAAAUAGCAUGAGCGAGGGACGUAAACCCAACACAAAGCCACAAGCUGAGGAAGACGCGGAAAAGUCUAAAAAUGGUGGUAAGGACGCUUUCGAAAAGAAAACGCCAAAUGUGAAGGAAACGGAGAAAAAUUCUUCUUGUGUAAUUGAGUUGAAAUCGGUUUGGUUCAAUUUCGCUGCGCCGCCUUGCGUACCAAUCACAAGGAAAAUUGAUUUAACGCGACUUGAUUGGAAUCUCUUGAGUACCGCUUCACCAGCUAUCACCGCCUGGAUGAAUCCCAGCAACCGUUUGGCUAUAAAGAUUGUGUCGCUUAUGCGUGCUUUGCAUACGCGUCAAACAGCCAUCGCCGCGUGUUUAAUGGCGGAUGCGCUGGAUAAUGAGAAAAUAAAGCGCAGUCCGAAAAUUAAGAAGAGUCGCUAUGCCAACAAUUACACGCUGCUAUCGAAAACUUUACAAGAGGAUCCCAGCUGCCAACUCUGUUACAUAAUGCAAAAACUGGUGUUGGACGAGGGUGUGCAGAGGGUUGAGCAAAUCUUCAAACAAAGCGAUGUACCACAUUUGAAUACCUUGCGACAGGGCGUCAUUGUGUUGAGCCGUCAAUGGAAGAAUACGCUCUAUAAUCCCAUACUUUUCGAACAUCAAUACAAGAAUAAAUUGGCGCGUCCGAUAAAUGUGACAUUCUCGUUUCCGCAACAGGAGGAGGAAUGCGACGAUGCGGAAUGUGAAGGUGAAGCCGAUAUGGGUGUCUAUGCGGGAGUCGUCGAUAAUCCCGAAGAGAGUGAGAAUGCUUUAUUACUUGGGCAAACACAGCAUCAUCGAAAUCAUAUUGAUAACUCACAGUUUGGCAUGGGCUUUGCCAAUGAGGCGUCGCUGCAUGGCGCCGCACAACGAUCGAACUCCGCUUCGCCGAACAUACAUACGUCGCGAAAAGGCAAAGCGCUUAGUAAGGGUUCGAAUAUUUCACAUGGCAAUUCAUCUCGUUCCAGCAUACAAAUGCUGCCGAUAAUCUCUGGUUUGGUGGAAAAACAGGUGCCGGAAUUCGAGUAUGGUGCAUUGCAGGAGGGUUCAUUGAGUUCUAGCAAUUCGGUAAAUAAAUUUUGGCUCGGUCCGGAAAAUCAAAAGGAGGACCUGUACUUUUGGAUGGCCAAACAGCAGGAGAAUAAGAAGAGAGAGAAUUCGGUUGAGCGCGAAAUUAUACGGCCGGCACCGGUGAAAUUACCGGGCGCCGUACAAACACGCGGCGGCAUUUUGCAGGACUCAAUAAAACUGCUCGAUGCGCAUUUGAUUUUCGAACCAUUGCUCACAUGCUUGGGUGUAAUGCCGCAGCAGAUGGUCAAUAAAUUCGCCAAUGCGGACAUUUCAUCCUUGGAGAAUUUCGGCACCAAUCUCUCACUCAUUGGCACUUUUGACUCCAUACGCGUUGAUAUUGUCGUUAGCGAGGCUGGUGACAAGAAGAAUAAAUCGGCCAAAAUGAAUAAGAAGACAAAUGGCGCUGGACGGCAGUCGAUCAUGUUGGAUACACCUUUGUUUUUGUGCGAACGUGUGGGUGUUGAGUUGGAGGUGUUGAAGAAAUCCGAUGGUAUGGUGGAUCAAGCGCGUCAAAAUGUUAUUUAUAUGUCGCGGCGUCAGUUGAAGAAGCAUACCAGCACCGUUAUCAAUUUGAGUCUUAAUAUACGUUAUAUUUCACAACAGGUCAAUAUGCCACUCCUACGUCUACUACAUCAAAUUACAAACAUGUAUCAGAAUGUGAAGGAAGCGCAAAAUGAGUUCCAUCAGCAGCCGGAUUUGAUUAGAAAAUCGCAUGCCAAGGAUGAAUGUAGUUUAGCCUCCGAACCCAAUGAUAUUGUCGGCUUUGGUUCAGUAUCGGAUCGUUUUGCGCAUACUGAGAACUCCUCCGAUGAGCGUUAUGACAAAUUCAAUGAAAUGAUAUCAAUGACACAUCCCAUUGGCGGCAGGGUGCGUCCAAGUGGCAUUGGCCCGUUAAUUCAAUUGACACCCUCACCAAAUGCGCGGAAUCGGCCCUCAAGCUUUGCGCAGAAAUUACGCUCAACUGGCAAAUCGGUUAAAGGCAAGCUAGGCUAUACAAAUUUAAAUGAGACCAGUUCCUCGCCCUUGCGCGACAGUCCCACCACUUCUGUGAGUGAACAGCACAUGUUCAAAUUGUCGCUGGAAUCCAAAGCAUCGCUUAAUGGAGUGUGCGCCACCAGCGUUAGCGGUGACUAUAAUACAAUUACCAAAAACGGCUUUGAUGGCAUACAACCGCUGCUACAAACGCCCAACUGCUGGAAAACUAUUUACAAUUUGCUUGAAUUGUAUGGCACAAUGCCAGAAACGAAGACUGUGCAGCGCAGUUCCAUGUCCAAUGAGGUGCACGAUGCCGCCAAAUAUGGUGUGAAGAAAACGCCUGUGGGCGGUUUUAUGCGGCAGGAUACACGAAAUGAUGAUGACGAUGUCACGAUCGCUCCAACACCUCUGCCACAACAUCGUGAGCUUGUCGAGACAUUAUCUCAAGAAAAGACGCGAUUGGUGGUGUUCGCGGUUGCGAAAAUCCACAAGACACGCUUAAUGGCGACAUUAAGCGGCUUAAAACUGGAAGCUGAAAUCACCACCUUGAACGGCAGCGCAACGUGGCGUAAGAAAGCGCGUCCCGUCUCACUGGAAUGCUCAAUUACUGGACAAGUAGGCCGUACCAUGAUCGUGCUUUUAGAGGGUGUUGCACCAAAUCAACAAACUGUCGUAAAAGUAACUGUGGGCAAAUGUCAAACGCUCUACUCCAGCUUGACUAAACGCGGCAAAGACAAGAAUAGCGGUUUGCUCUCCAUUGGGCCGGUAAAUAUUGAAAUACCGCAACAUCCCGUCGCUUUGCAUGGUAUGAUGACGCGCAGCUCCAAGCAGCUCAGCUCAACAUUGCAAGAGUUACGCGUCGGCCGCAAUUCUGGACGUUCGGCUUCGCGUGCACACAACCCCGAUGAGCCCGAGUCGCCAUAUCAUUCGCGCAGCGCCGGCAAAAGCGUCGAUGCCAAAGAGAAGACGCACUCCCAGCAAUCCAACAAGAAACCGGCACCAACACACAAGUUGCCAGCGCAGCAGAAUGGGCUACUCCAACCGUUGGUUAUGCAAUUCAAUAUACUGUUACACAGUUUGUCCAUAAAUGCAGCACUGCUGCCGUCGUUGCAAGCUCAGUAUCGCAUGAAUUGUGUUAGUUCGACGGGUGUAACAGGCAAUCGUGCGAAGUUCGUUAUCGAUCUGCCGACACACACGCUCAGCUUCAACACGAAGAUACAGGUGCGGAAUGAGAUGAACUUGCCGUCGGAGGCCUGCAUCGCGCUGCCACCCGUGCAUGUUAGCGCCGAAUAUAUACCGGAGCACCGACAAGAGGAGACCGAGCGCGUUGAGGGCAUUGUCUUGAGACGCGGUGGCUAUGUGAAUGCCUCAGCCGAGAUUGGUGAAUUCGAGCGUUGCUUAACCACAGAUCUGCUAAACCAUCUGGUAUUUGUGCAGAAGGUUUUCAUGCGUGAAAUAAAUGAAGUGUUGCAAAAGGUCUAUGGCGGCGAGAAACCUGUGCCGCUUUGGUCCGAAGACAGUGGCGAUACCGCCAGCGUACAGGAGUCAUCUCUAAAGCGUAUACUCUUCUCCAUCAAUAUUUCAAUGAAACGCAUACAGUUGACAGCUACAACACCCUGCUCAUCAGCUGUACGCUUCGAGACCGGUACGCUGGAACUGCAUUUGUCCAAUCGUGUAAAGAAUCUGGGCGAAGGCAACGAUCGUAAAAUGUUUGGCAAGGCGCAUAUCGAUUUUAAUCUCUCACUUGGCCAAAUUAUACGCAAUGUUAUCUUCGAUGAAGCCGAACCGGAGUUCCAACAAUAUGCUUUCUUCCACACAACAAUCGCUUUGCGCAAUGCCUUCCAGGAUGAGUUGCUCAAUGAGGACAAAGAGCUGGUGCUGCUGAAGCUCAAGCGGCCACUGCUUUACAUACAACCAAUUGCCGUGGACAAGGCCAUACUGGUUUGGUUGAACUACAAGAACGCCUACGAAUACUGGGCUGAGAAGCGCGCAAAUUUGAAUUACGAUAGCUCACAGGCUUUCGACCGUGUGGCCUUCGGGCAGAUCAGCAACAUUGCCGCAUCCAACUUGUCAACAUUAUUCUUGCAGCUAACUGUGGAGGAUAUGGGCAUAUGCGUCCCACUAAACCAACCCGCUAACCCUUGGAGCACACGCGCUUACCAUGACUUCGAAAGCAAAGGUGCAGUUGUCAUUACCCUGGAGAAUACCAUAAUAUCGGCGUGCAACUCUGGUUCGUUGGUCUCCAAAGGCAAAUUUCAAGGACUGUGUCUGCGCUUUGCCGACGACUUUGAAACCACACUUGAUGAUUGGAAACCAAAUGUGAAUGAGCCCAUAAUGAAUGUAUGUGUCGUCUCGGAGGGUACCUAUGAGGUUUGCUCGCGUACCACUGCUGCUAAAAAGAUGGAAAAUGCUAAGUGGUUGCUGAAUGUGAAAUGGCAAAUGGAAGGUGUCGAUAUACAUCUCGAUAUAAAUAUUGGCAAGCAACUUUCCUCACUCGGUCACACGCUAACCAUGCUGACCGGAUUUGAGGAGGAAGAGACCAACAUGGAAUCACCGGAUAGUGAUGAGGGUGAUCAUAGUUGCCGUGAUACCUAUGUGCGCCGACGUGAAUUUGACAAUCUGCCAUCGUUCGUGUUCGAUCCGACCAUCGAUUCGAAGAAGCGUUCAUUCAUGAUGGAAAAGGAGAUGGCGGAGCAACUAAAAAUCAUCAACGACUUGCGUACAUUGGGUGCUUCACAUAAUACAGUUGCGCAUGAGGAGCGUCGCUUGCAAGAGUUACAAGCGAUUUGUUACAAAUAUUUCCGACGCGAUAUGAUACAGAAAUGGAAGCGUCCAUCACUGCGACGACCGAUGAAAACUUCCAGCCGUUCUUAUUCGUUCAUAGGCGCUUCAGCGAAUCGUGAACCCACAGAUGAUACACUUAUGCCCGGCCCCUAUACGGGUCGUCGUUUAGAUCCGAUUGCUUCGAAUGAUGAGAUAUCCAGUUUACAGAGCACGCCGGUCUCUGGUCACUCGCGCAGUGCUUCGUUAAAAACUUGUCCGGCCAAUCGGGUGACCUUCUCCGAAUCGAUGCGUCAGACCUCGCUGCCCAAUGCGGACACGGACAGUGAAGAUAUUGAUUGGCGCACACAGGAAGGCCACGGCGAAUCGACACCGAGUGAAAUGGAUAUUGACGGCACUUCGGUGGAAAUGCGUAAAAAACAUGGCUACCAACAGAAACAACAAGAACCCAAUAUCGACUUUGAGCUCGACAUAAAGGUGCUUGUCAAUUCGGGCAAGUGUGUGCUGCAUACCAAAGAAACUACCGAAGACCGCAUGCAGACGAGUGGCUCAACCACCGCAAAGACUCACAAGCGUGAACGCAGUCUCGGCAACGAUUGGGGCAGUCCGACGCCAUCGCGGCGUCAACGUGAUAAGAGCAAAUUGCGCUACAACACAUCGAGCAAUGCAAUGCUAUCCGAUCUCACAAUUUUCCACAUUCCCGGCUUGGAUGUCAAACUGCACUAUCAGUCACGCACAGUGACCGAUUUUACAGAGAAUACACGCAGCAUGAGCAACGAUAGCCAUCAUUCAACGACACGCCGUUUGGGCAACAAAAGAGCUUCACUCUUCGCCUGGAUGACGCUGCAAAGCAUACCGGAGGAGACAAUUAUUUCGCCACACAUUUUGGAAUUCCUCGAACAGACUUUGGAGCCAAUACCAACAAAGGCGCCGGACAUUAGUGGUGCGCAAACACCUUCAGCAAAUCCAGUUAACUUGGACAUUCUACCCACGAACUAUGUCACAUAUGCGUCGUUCCCCGUGGAUGUUAUUGUAUACUUUCACAUGCAACCAUCCACCUUCCGCUUCUCCUGCUUGCCCGUGUCGCGUGUGGAAUGCAUGUUGCAGUUACCCAGUUUGGACAUUGUCUUCAGUUCUAAACGUUCGAGCGAUGAGGAGCCGCCCGGCCAACAAGAACAUAAUCUGGACAAAUCAACAGCGGAAAAGGAUAAAAAGCCCACAGGCGGUUUGAGUGUGACCGGCUGCUUGGCGGAUUUCAAUGUCUACAUCUUUCAUCCAUAUGGCGGCAAGAAGAGCAAUGUCAAAGAGGCGCAGUUCUCACCCCUCUCGGAUAGCGAACGGAAAGAUUCGUUGAGCAUAAAUGUGGAGUUCGUGAAGUUCCAAUUGACACGCUGUCGCAAGAUUUACGUUGAACCCGCUGUUAUGAGCAAACGUUCUGUGGAUCAGUCGCGCGCAGUCAUACGCUUUUCUACUAUUGUUGAUAUCGGCAGUGCUUCCUUCAAGUAUGACAUGCGUCGCUUAACCGAAAUUUUGGCUUUCCCCAAGGCUUGGUACCGACGCCGCAUAGUACGACGACUCUUCCUCGGCGAUUUGAGUAUGCAACACAUGGCCGGCACAGAGCCUGCCACACCCACUGGCACACCAUCUACACCCAAGGAAGCCUGCAAGACGCCCGGUUACGAAUGUGCGAAGUCACCGGCUGAGGCAUUUUAUGGAAAAGAUAAAAUGCGUUUGGACUUCGACUCGCAAUCGUCAACACCACAACAGGCACCACAUUCUGGUGCUGUACGCAAGCUACGCACCUUAGGUAAGUCCUCCAGUGCGGAAUCGUCAAGCACACCACCGUCGGAGAAGAACCAGAUUACCGCCUGGGAAACGCUCGUGCUAUUCGCGGUGAAUUUCACCAAAUUGAAUGUACAAAUGAAUAUGGGCAAUGUGAUGGGUAAUGUGGUGUGGUUAACCAAAGACUUCCAGUCGGAUGGCAGACUCUCUAUUGGCAGUACUGGCUAUAAAAAUAUGUACAUUGGCAUAUAUCUGGGCGGCUCAUCGUUGGACGCCAAAGGUGGCAUAGUCGGUGGUAGCUUUGAAGUGAAUAAAAUCAAUACGCGUUUCCAUAUUAAGGAAGAAUCCGGUGUGGAGCCUUACCACACCAUACGUUUGAGUUUUAUGGCUUUGGAGCUACGACUCGACUAUAUGGGCACAUCGGUAUUAAUGAUGCGCAUCAGUUCGUUUUCGGCUGCAAUGAAGGACGAAUGGAAGACAUCCAUAAAUGCGUUGUCCACAACCGACUAUGGCGGCAGUGUGAUAACUGUAGGCGGUCACACCACCAAGCCGCGUGCUAUAAUCUUCAUACAUGGCGACUUAUCAUGGGAUCAGCUGCAAAUAAUGAUUUCGAAAUCGACCACAGCUGAUUUGCUUAAGAUGUACUACAAGCUGGAAGAGUUCUUCACUCAGCAAUUCAAGUCGUCGAAACGCGUGUUCUCCAGUCUCGAGCCGCGUCUGCAUGAGCGUAAUGCCAGCAUGAAACGUCGACAAAAUCGCGACAAAAAGAAGGCGACCACUAAUGGCACCGUCGAUAGCUCAGCCGUUAAUGCGGCUGACAUCAGCAACACAGAUGCACGCCAUCAUCGACAUUGGCAGAAGCCCUUGGAACAGGCCAUCGGUCUAGUGGUACCCACAUUGGUGACACGCUUACCACGCAACGGCAAUGUGCUUGGCGGCACUGUGGAGCUACAUGGCAAUAACAUCUCAUUGGCCUGCUUCCAUGGCUUGAACUUCAAGUCGAAAUCGUGGGCACUGUUUAGUUUGAAAUCACCCUCCAUCAAUUUCGCCACCGAAGCGCAUCAGGCACAUGAUACACAUGACGUAUUCGUAACGCAGACGCUCACAUCUUGUCUGGGACAGACAACUGAGGUGCAACAGCAAAACCACUCCAUGGCCAUAGUCAGCAGAAUUUCACGUAACAUCAUCUUCCCGCCACAAUUCAAAACGCUCAACGAGUGGUUCCACUAUGCGUUUGCUAACAGUGAAAUUGAUUCUGUGGAUCGUUUUCCGAUACUGGAGCGUGAUCGUGAGAUUGCUUCCAACUCCAUAGAGCGCACGCGUGCUGCAGGCGCCAGCGCUAGCAGCACCUCAAAGACGCAGGAGCACAAUCACAAUCGCGAGGUGAUAUUUGCAUUGCCCAGCUUACAACUGAAUUUCAAGACUGAACACAGACAAGGCGCGUCCACACCGGAACCGACUGAAACCAAGCCAGAGGUGCUCUGCAGCUUCAUAACCGAAUUUGAUGAUCAUAUCUUCGUGACUGUCGAUGCUGACGCAUUCUUCUUCCUGCACGACUUGAUAACAUCGUACGUUAAGGAGAAGGAACGAGUGCAGAUCGGUGGACAAUCGGUGCGCGCUGCCUCGCCAAACCUCUCACAGAACCUGAAGAGUCAAUUGAAACCCUAUGUAACCGACGAAAUACUCAAAGAUGCAAACAAAGCAUUAUCGUCUUCCGCGAGCAAUAAUUCCUCUACUAACGCCGUUACAAUCAGCAAUACAUCCAUCAACGCUUCGAGCACUACCUUGGACCAGAGCAGCAGCAGCUUGAAUGCCAACAGCAACAGCAAGACGAAUAUCGCGGCUGCUUUUAGUGUGGAUAAGAAAGACACAAGCACGCUUGCGUCGCCAACGCCAUCAAGUUCAGCAGCAGCUGCAGCCAAUACCUUGAGCUCACCCACUGGCAGCAAUGUUGGCGCUACCGCGUCCUCAACGCUAAAUGGCGCCGCAGUAAAUGGCAAUUCUAUAGAUCUGGAGUCUUUUGUGCGCGAUUGGCGGCACUUUGAAUGCCAGACUUGGCAUCUGGAACCGACGGUGCGACUGCUUUCGUGGGCUGGCAAAUCCAUUGAGCCCUAUGGCAUUGAUUACAUAUUGAAUAAGCUCGGUUUCGCGCACGCGCGCACCACCAUACCGAAGUGGCUGCAGCGCGGCUUUAUGGAUCCGCUGGACAAGGUGCAAGCGCUCAUGAUGCUGCAACUGCUGACAAUGGUGCGCGAAAAUAAAGUGGAGAAUUCGCCAAAAUCGAAAUCGUCGAACUAAUUUAUUCUUAACUUAAAUAUAAUUAAUUGCAAUUUAGGCAUUGUUUAUAGCGAAAUAGUAGGUUAUGUUUGAAUGAAUGGACUUGUAAUGUUGUAGCAAGAUUUGUGGUAUAAUAAUCGCUCUUUUAUUGUUUGGUGUGUUGCAUUUUUGACAGCGCUUUGCUGGCUCUGUUCUACCUUUACGUGAUUGCGUAAAUUAUGCAAUAUUCGAAGUAUUAUUGAAAGUGUAAUAUUUUUCUUGAUAAUUUUCGCAUAUUCAUUAUUUUGUUGAAAGUUGGUAGCACGUUAAGCGAAUUGUUGAUUAUUUUUUCUAAAACUGGAAUGUGAACGUAAAAAUUUUAAUGCAAUUAUAACUUAUUGCCAAUAAAAAUAUAUAUAUGUCAUUAAAGAAAAAGCAAAUACCUGCUCAAACAUGUGGCAACUACACAUGUGCAGGGCAUUUCAAUAAAUAAAUUAUUCAAAAAUCGAAA